CCAGUGGGAUACCAUGUUUUGUUCUCACUGUCACUGUGACAGUGGGAGCUCAUUUCUGACUGGCCUGCUGGGUAGAAUACAGGCCACCAGCAGUAAAUGACAGCCUAGCUGAGGUUAAUCAAGGUCUCCUUCCAGGCUCUGCUUCUCUGACCUUCUUCAAUGCUCAGCAUAUUGGGUUCCCAGGAAGGAAGGUUCUCCCUGCCCUCAAUUCUUUGGCACAGUCCUGGAUUUUGAGAGAAUGUGAUCAAGAUCUGGAUGAUUGCAGGAAGAUAGAGGAAGAUGUUCAUGGGACUCACCAUGUCCUGGUCCUCAGUUCUGAAGGGUCUCCUUGCUGUUUGCAUCUUCACCCACUUAUCUGUCAGCUCUGUGGAGAGUUACAGUUGUAAAAAUGAAGAAUGCUAUAAUAACAGAUGCAACCCUAUUCCGAGGACUUGUGAAUCAUCUAAAGGAUGCUUCCACUUAGAGCAGAAAUUUGAAGCACCAAGGACCAUUUCUGGGGGAUUUGCUUCUCAACCCGCAAGCCUAAGGCUCGAGAAGAAAGGCUGUUCUAAAGAUGAGUGUACUGAACUAGCAUUCUCAGCAACAAUGGGAAACCGUCAAAUGUUUAGAUAUGAACAACGAUGCUGCUACUCUGAGCAGUGCAAUAACGAGUCCAAGCGGGUGCCUCCACCAUCUUCCCAACCCAAUGGAGUUGAAUGUCCUGCCUGCUACAGUAAUAAUGGCACCUGUAACACAGUUUCCCUGAAGUGCACAGGGGCAGAGACGGAGUGUAUUGAGGUUAUUGGCAGAGACUUUAUUUCCAGAUCUGUGAUACAAGGAAUGGGUUGCGCCACUGAAACUGCCUGUAGCUUGAGGAAUAUGACCGUCAUGGAACAUGUAAAAAUCGAUACCUACUGCUUCAGUUCGAGCCCCCCACUCAGGCCCAUCUCUUCUGUUCUGACCAGUCUCUUCCUGAUGAGAGCCUUGCUUUGAUCCUUUGGGGACUAUCACUCCCACGAUCCUUCUUCACAUCUAAACACACCAGCAACCUUUCACAACUCCUUUACUGCCCAGGGGAGAAAUAAAAACCACUGAUUGUACUUUAGAUAGAAAACACUUACUUUCUUUUUGGCACAUGUCACAUGUUUCACUGCUCUGUGAUCUCUUUCAUGUCCCUACCCACACCUUGAGCCCCACCCAACCCCCAGUAUUCGAUCUUUCCCAAUAUUAUCAAUUUACACUCCUAAUUUGUAACUGUCCAUUUCUAAUAAAAAUCUUUUUAUUUUGGUGA